AUGAAAACCACUCUUCGCUCACACUUCUCUCAUCCAAGACACCACGUAACUAACCCCCAGUACAAGAGACAAGCGAUGCAGUUCAUUAGAGACCAGUUUCGAGAAUACGGCUUGGAAACUCACGUCGAUGUGUUCCCUACACGACUACCUACAGUAAAUGGCGUAAACGUCAUUGGCAUUUUGAAAGGUACAAACUUCAACACGCCAAAUGAUGUUAUUGUGGGCGUUGCUGCGCAUUACGACACGAUGAGAAACACUCCAGGGGUUGACGACAAUGGUGCUGCCGUUGUCGCGAUGUUGCAGGCAGCAAAACAAGUAGCGAGUCGGCCGCACCGAAAAAGCACAGUCAUGUUCGUAGCCUUCGACUUUGAAGAGUGGGAACAAGUGACACAAGUUUCAAAUGUCGCGUGUGCAAACUUAAGCUGUGGCAGUGAACAUUUCGUACAUACCUGGGUGCCGAACUUCUGGAGCAGCACCCCAAAGGUAGCAGGGGUGAUGGUCAUGGAUACUAUCAUGAACUUUGAUGAGAUCAAGCAGUCCCAGAAAUUUCCGGCUCCAGUUCAAAUAAUGAGCAAGGUUGGCACUUUCAAUUUUAACAUAGAUAUUUCUUACGAGUCCUUACGGAUCGCCAACUCGUAG